AUGCCUAACACCGAAGACACCUCCCACCAAGCCAUCAGCUCGUAUUUCAUCGGGCCUGGGGCAGAGAAUCUCGACCACUUCAAGACUAACAUCGAGAAUAUCCUCACGGAAGUGAAGAAUGCAAGAGAUGCGUACUUUCCUGAGUCUCCGAAAUUUAUCCCCGACGAAAUCCGCACCAGCGCCGAGUUCGUCCGCCUGACCACAAACUUCGGCAAUGCGGUCCGCAAAGCAGCACAACUCAUGGGCAAGCAUUCGGUCCCGUUCUGGUCCCCUAGAUAUGAAGCCCACAUGGCCGCCGAUUGCACCAUGGUCUCCCUCCUGGGGUACUUCAUGACCAUGCUGUAUAAUCCUAACAAUGUGGCGAUCGAGGCGAGUCCGUUUUCGACGGCGGCGGAGAUCCUGGUCGGGGAGCAGCUUUGUGAGAUGCUGGGGUAUAAUAAUAACCAUGGUAUUCCGGAUCUGCCGACGGGGUGGGGGCAUAUUACCUGUGAUGGGUCGGUUGCGAAUUUGGAAUCGAUUUGGGUUGCGAGAAACUUGAAGUUCUACCCCCUUUCGCUGUUCCUCGCCAUUCAGGAAGGAGAGCUGCAUUUCGUGGCAGACAGCUUCGAAGUUGAGACAUGCAGCGGUGAGAGGAAGCGGUUCACGAAGCUCUCAACUUGGGAACUGCUCAAUCUCCAAUCUGAUACUAUUCUGAAUAUACCCCAGAUGCUGAACGAUAGGUGGGGAGUCUCACCUACCUUUAUUGAGAAGGCUCUGGAGAAAUACAACAUCCAGUCGAUUGGAAAAGCUGCGUUGGAAGAGCGGUUUAAUAUCAGAAAGCCGAUCCAGUACAUGCUCAGCAAUACCCGGCAUUAUUCAUGGCCUAAGGGAGGUGCAAUCUCUGGCAUCGGCUCUGAUAACUUCAUCGGGAUCAAAGUUGACAACGAAGCGCGUGUCGAUCUGACUGAUCUCGUUGCCAAGUUAGAGCAGAGCCUGGAAUCCCAGCAGGCUGUCUACGCGGUAGUUGCCAUCAUCGGCUCGACCGAAGAAGGUGCCGUGGACCGGUUGAGCGAGAUCCUCAGGAUCCGCCGACAGUUCCAGCGCAAAGGCCUAUCUUUCCUAGUCCAUGCCGAUGCCGCAUGGGGCGGGUAUUUUGCUAGUAUGCUACCUCGGAAGAUCAUGACCCAGGCUGCAAAAGCGGACCCGUUUGAAGGGGUCGAGACGACUGGUGAUGGGUUCGUACCGGAUCUUAGCUUGAAGGCAGAUACGCAAGAGGAUCUGCUGGCAUUGAAGUGUGCGGAUUCGAUCACUAUUGAUCCGCACAAGGCAGGGUAUAUUCCCUACCCGGCUGGGAGUCUGGUUUAUAGGGACGAGAGAAUGAGGUAUCUCGUUACAUGGACGGUGCCGUAUAUUGGAAGGGGCUCGUUGACGAAUAUUGGUAUAUAUGGUGUUGAAGGAAGCAAACCUGGAGCAGCGGCCAUGUCAACUUGGCUGUCUAACCAGUGCAUCGGGCUUGGCGAGAACGGAUACGGAGCUCUUCUCAAGGAGGCAUCCUUCACAAGCACCAGGUUUGCCGCUCACUGGGCCGCAAUGACUACUCACAAAGAUUCCUUCAUCUGCGUUCCACUCAACCGGCUCCCAGCCGAGAUAAGCGGUGGCGACGUAGAAGCCCAGAAGAAGUUCAUCCGCGAGGAGAUCCUCUCCAAGUCCAACGCCGAAAUCGUAGCCAGCGAUCCUCAGAAGCACACCAUGACUCUUCUCCGAGCGCUUGGCUCAGAUCUCAAUAUCAACGCCUUCGCGAUCAAUUGGCGCUAUCCGGAUGGAACUAUCAACGAUGAUAUUGAAGAGGCAAAUUACUUCAUGCUGCGCGUGGUCAAGCGCUUGUCUAUCAACUCGCCCAGUGAAAAGCCGACUGAUAUUGAGUUCUAUCUCACCUCGACGGAGUUCAAGCAUGAGGAGUAUGGGGCUUGCGCUGAGGUCUUCAUGGAUCGACUGGGCAUUGACGUGUCGACGCAGAAUCUGAUGGUGCUGCGUAAUGUCGUCAUGAGUGCUUUCCCGACAGAACAUGACUUUAUAGGCAAAUUGAUUAAGCGAUUCCGCAAGGUUGUUGAGGAGGAAGUUGAGGUCUGCCGAGCACGAAACGCCGUGGGUCCCGCCGAAAACAGCUUCAUCAUGCAAGGCGCAGACGAGAUAUUCCUCGUGUAUCAGCCAUGCUUCCAAGAAGCCAAGCGCCGUCGUCAGCUUAUUCUUCGCGUUCGUCUUGCGCCAAAUGAUCUGGACAAAUACCUCAAAGCCAAAGGCUCCAGCGAGACUGUCAUCCUCAAGACAGCAAACGCGACCAGUCUCGAGACAUUACUGAAUGCCGUAAAGACAAACAUGCCGGCGAUUUUCAAGGGCAAGCUCUUCAGCUCAGCAGGAAAACCCCUCGGCCAAAUAAAGGUUUCCAUCGCACAAAUCAUCAAGAAUCGGUCUCUGAGCUCCAAGAACCGCGACAAGAAGUAUCCGGAAACAUACAUGCCGUUCUAUCUCUAUGGCACAGCCACGCAGCGUCAUAUCUCCCACAUGCUGCUGAAGUCUCCCAAUAUUGAGCUGUCAGCGGGAAAUGUGAAGCUCGACCUAGACACGGACAUCGAGACCAGCGAGCUUUCCCGGGGUGCUAUCCUCUGCUUCACCGAUGUCCAUGAGGCGCCUAUGCAGCCCUUCUCUGUGAAGAAUGGGAGAUUGCCGCGUGGGUUCUUCUUCCGGUCUGGCCAGAAGUUCAACGUCAAAGUGUGGCGGGAUCUGAAGAAGGCCGAGAACUCGGGACCGGGGCUCCUCCCUGAUACGUUCAAGGGUAUGGGGCCUGAACUUGCGUCGGGGACGAUUGAGCUGAGGGAUGAUGUUUAUGUAGACUCGGAGGGGAUUAAUAAGGACCCGUUCGACAAGUCGUCUGGCGAUGAAGUGCAAGAGGAGUGGCGGGAGUUGUUCCAGGAGAUUCGCGAUCAGUUGGUGUAA